AUGGGCUUCCUCGGCGUCUACACGGCCGUCUACGACUAUGAGCCGCAGGGGGAGGGCGAAUUAGAGCUGCGCGAAGGCGACCUGCUCUGCAUCCUCGAGAAGAGCGACGACGAUUGGUGGAAGGCCAAGAAGAAGGCGGACCGUGAGGAUGACGAUGAACCCGAGGGGCUCGUCCCCUUUAACUAUGUUGAGGAGGCUCAACCAACGCACGCCGCCAAAGCACUCUACGACUACACACGCCAGACCGACGAAGAGGUAUCCUUUUCCGAAGAUGCCGACCUGAUCGUAUAUGACAUCUCCGACCCCGACUGGACCCUCGUCGGUGUCAGCUCGGAUUACGGCUUCGCCCCCGCAAACUACAUCGAAAUCCUCGAAGAAGCAGGCGAGGCUCCCGCACCGUCCAUGCCCUCUCCUCCACUCGCCGAACCCGAGCCCGAGCCAGAACCCGCCCCGCCUUCCCUCCCGCAGCGCCCGCCAGUGCCAGUCGAGGAAUACGACGAAGAGGAAGUCAACGGAGCCGCUGCGGCCUCUCCCGUGGGGGUCGUGCAAAAUCCGGCCGCUGCGGCCAUCGCGGACAUCCUCCACAAGCAGCAUGCGGCGCCGGACCCGCUGACCUCGAAGGCCCUCCCCCCGCCGCCUCCUCAACCGGAGCGUCCCGUGUACGAGCCGGAGGAGAGCUAUCGGAGAGAACCCUCGCCCCCGCCGCCCGCUCUCCCCCAACGGCCCCCAUCCGAGAUCCUGUCGCCAGUCCGUCUGGAUUCCCCCUCGGAGCCGUCGGAGCCCGUCCGACCUCCUCGUCCUCCGUAUGCAUCGCUUCGCGACAGCGACCGCUCGACCCAUGUGCAGGAAUCUCCCCCAUACAGUCGAGUCGGGGGGCAAACCCCGCGUUCCCCCUCCGGCUAUCAUAUCUAUACCAUCAAUGAGAUGGUGGAAGUGAUGGGCAAGAGGAAGAAAAUGCCUACAACCAUGGGUGUCAAUGUGGCGACGGGGACCUUGUUCAUCUCGCCGGAAGAUGACGGUGCGACGCAGGAGUGGACCGCGGACAAGCUCACGCAUUACUCCAUCGAGGGAAAGCACGUCUUUCUCGAUCUCGUCCGGCCCAGCAAGAGCGUCGACUUCCAUGCGGGCUCCAAAGACACGGCUCGGGAGAUUGUUGCUGCUCUCGGUGAGAUUGCCGGGGGAUAUCGCGCAGAGGGCCUGAGAGAGGUCAUUGCCGCCGGCACCAGCGGAGGUCAAAAGAAGGGACAGAUUCUGUAUGACUUCAUGGCGCAAGGCCAGGACGAGGUGACGGUGGCUGCCGGCGACGAAGUCAUUGUCCUGGAUGACAGCAAGUCUGAGGAGUGGUGGCAGGUGCGGCGCCUGAAGAACGGCAAGGAGGGUGUUGUCCCCAGCAGCUACAUCGAGAUUACUGGAACAGUCUCCAACCCGGCUAUCAGCGCCGAGCCGGGUCUGUCGACUGUGGAGAAGAAUCGCAUGGAAGAGGCGCGUCUGGCCAAGGAAGCUCUGCGGAAAUCACGGACCGACUCCAUGGAUGGCCGGGACUCGAAGCGCGAUAGCAAGAGCGCUCAUAAACCCAAACCCGAGGCGGGCAAGACUAGACAGUGGACCGACCGCACCAAGACCUUUACCGUGGAGGCGCAAUUCAUUGGGUUGCAAGAUGGCAAGAUCCACCUCCACAAGAUGAACGGCGUGAAGAUCGCGGUCCCCAUCACCAAGAUGUCCGUCGAGGACCUGGAGUACGUCGAGAAACAGACCGGCGUGUCCUUGGACGAGGACAAGCCACUGUCGGACAUCCGGCGCCGCUCUCAACGGAUCGAGCCCGAGAAGCCCGAAGGCAAGCGAGCCGGUGCCUCUUUCCAGCAAUCCGACUACGAUUGGUUCGACUUCUUCCUCAAGUCUGGAGUUGGGCCGCACCAAUGCGAGCGGUAUGCGCAGAAUUUCAUCAAGGAUUCCAUGGACGAGACCAUCCUCCCGGAUAUCACCCCCGAAGUUCUCCGCACGCUGGGCCUGAAGGAGGGCGAUAUCUUGCGCGUGAUGCGCUACUUGGACACCAUGUUUAAUCGUACGGGUGCCAAGUCGAAGCUGCGUAACGUGAGCUUUGGCGGAGAGGAAGUCAUUGGGAAUGGGGAAGAUGGCACUGGUCUUUUCUCCGGCCCUGGCGGUGCUCUGCGAAACAACACCCGCAAGGGCAGACCGGCCCCCAACUCUCCGGCCGGCGAUGUGGUCGAUCCCAAGGUCUUUGAGCAGAAGGACAGUUCACAGCCCGUGGAGCCCAGUGAGCCCUCGCCCACUACAGCUGCCCCGGCCGAGCCACCCGUUCAGAAGGGCUUCGAUGACGAUGCCUGGGAGGUGAAGCACCCCAAAUCAGCUGCCGGCGCGGCUCCUGUCGCUACGCCCACUACCCCAGCUACUCCAGCUACUCCAUCCAGCCCCCCUCCGGCUGCGUCUCCCCCGGCGACCAGCCAACCCCCUGCACAACAGCCGCUUACGGGUGCGCUGGCCGAUCUGUCUCUGCUUCAUCCUGCCCUUCAGCCUACUCCGGCGCCCGCUCCGGCCCCUCAAUCCCCCCCCGCGGCUCUGCCCCCUCUCCAGCCCCAGCUCACAAUCCAGCCCCAACCGACCAUCCAACCUCAGCAUACGGCGGUGCCCGUGUCUCAGAUGCAGCCACAACAGACGGGGGCGACGCCGAAUUUCUUCGCCCAGGUCGGACAGGCGGCCCAGGGAUUCAGCCCCCAGGCAACUGGCUUCCAGCAGGCUGCCCGACAGCGCCCGCAGGCUCCUCAGGCUAUGGGGCAGAACUCGCUGCUUCCUCCUCCGCCGCCCCAGCGACCCCUCUCGGCACCCCAGAAUUUCCCUCAGCAGCAGAGCUCCUUUGGCUUGCCUCCCCUGCAGCCUCAGCUGACGGGCAUCCCUCAUCCCGGGCCGCAAAUUGCUCCGCCAGGACAGAGUCUAUCCGAGUUAAACCAGCAGCGUUUCCAGCAAACGCUCCAGCCCCAAGCCACCGGGUAUAUGCCUCAGACCCAGUUCCACAACGGACUGGUACCCCAGCCGACUGGCUUCCAACCGCAAUCCCAGUUUGGCAUCCAGCAACAACAGCAGCAGCAGCAAACUGGAUACCCGGGACUGGCACCGCAGCCUACGGGCUUCGGGGGCUUCCAGCCACAGCACCAACAGCCCAUGCAGACCGGCAUCAACUCAGUCCUUCCUCCGGCCCUGCAGCCGCAGCCCACCGGUAUGAACGGCUACAAUGUGCCACCGCCGCCCCCCAUUCCCCAACAGCCCACGGCUGCGCCGUUGCAGCCCCAGCCGACAGGACCGGCUCCCUCCGUCCGAUUUGGUGUUAAGCACGAUGCCCCUAAAAAGCUUGCGCCCCAGCCAACCGGACUCCGGGCCAAUCUCGCGGCAGCCAGUAAGUUCCCCCAGUUUGCCACUCCUCGACCGAGCAUUCUUGCUGACCCUUGCCCCAGCGCCCACCAACCCGUUUGGAUUCUAAUCUGGACAUGUAUAUAUCACUCUGUGACCCUGCGGUACAUGGUUUUCGUUUACUACACAGUAUCGCUUGCUUUUUCUUGCUGGCGGGAAUGGCAUGCACAUCAUACAUAG